AUGAAAGAGAAAUAUGUGCUGAUAAAAAAAAUCCUGAAUAAAAAUAAUGAUAUUAUUUCAAAUGAUACAACCGUAUCUUGUUGUGAUAAUAUUUUAUGUACAUCAUCUUGUUCAUUGUUAGAUGAAGAAUGUGAUGAAGAAGAAAUAAAUAAAUAUGACGAUUUCUUAAAAGGUACCUCUCGUUUAUCUUCUUUGCUUAAAUCACCUUAUUUCUCAUCAAUAUCAUCGUAUCGACCAUGUAAAGAAUUAUCAAAUAAUACGUCCUUUGAUUUGUCGUCACAUAAGUUAUCCUUCGAUUUAUCGUCGCAUAAGUCAUCUUAUGAUUUGUCGUCGCAUAAGUCAUCCUUUGAUUUGUCGUCACAUAAGUCAUCCUUCGAUUUGUCGUCGCAUAAGUCAUCCUUCGAUUUGUCGUCGCAUAAGUCAUCCUUUGAUUUGUCGUCGCAUAAGUCAUCCUUCUCAUCAUCUUCGUGUCCUCCUUUGUCGGCAUUUUCUUAUGCUUCCUCUGUUAACUUAUCUUCUCGUAAGGAAAGAAAAAAAUGCGAUAUAAAAGCGCAUGGGAGUUUAAAUAAAAAAUGGAGCUGUAACAAGAAUGAUGAUAAAGACAUGUGGAUACACAGAAUGAAUUCUCAUAAACAUCCUAACCACAUUGUAAAAAAAAAAAAAUAUGAUUAUAAUAAGGAACACAAAAGUGCUUAUUGUAAAAAUAGUGAUGAUAUUAAUGAUGAGGAGUAUUUAAAAAGGAUGACAAAAAAUAUUGAGAACUAUAUAAGAAAGAUGAAAGAUAUGAUUUAUUACAAAAGAAAAAUAAAAAAGACGAAAAAAAGUAAGGAGAAAAAAAGAAGAAAAAAAAUAAAGAAGAGUGUAAAUAUAAAAAGCAUAUGUAAUGAUAAUAAUAUAAAAGAGUAUGAUAAUAUGAAUUAUAAUUAUAUUAAUUAUAAAGAUCAUGUAAAUUAUGAGAAUAAUAAUAUAAAUGAUUAUAAUAUUCAUCAUUAUAAAAAAGAUAUACAGAAAUUAUAUGAACAUCUAAAUUACGAACAAAAUAAUUUAUCAACAUCUUUAUUAGAAAAUCAUUAUAUUAAUAAAAAUGAAACAGACAAUAAUUUGUUUUGGACAUGUUAUUCUGAAGAAAAUGUAGAGAAACCAAGAGAAAUAGUAUUUCAAAAAAAUUGUGAUUUAAAAAAAAAAAGUAAUGAACUAUUCAUAACUCAUACACAAAAUACAUUUCCUUAUAAUACUAAUUUAUCUUGUAUUUGUUGUGCAAGAAUAUAUUUUAUCGAUAAAAUAAUAAAAGUAACGUCUAAUAAAAUAAAACCUUUAUGUAUAUGUUGUUUUGAUAUAUUAUUAAAUUUAAUCGGUAUCAAUGCAGCUAUAUGUAUUUCAUGUUUCAAAUGUUAUUUCCCAUUUGAGUUUGUGAAUAAAUGUGUUAUAUGUAAUUCUUUUGACAUGAUUAAUUUAAAAAAAGAAGAUAAGAGAAAUAUGAAUAUUGUUAAAAAAGAAUUACAUAUAUUUAUGGAAUUGUAUAAAUAUAAGUUUAGUGAUCAUUUUAAUUCGGACAUAUUCUUAAAUUAUUUUAUAAAUAUGAAUUACUGUUUUAAAUAUCUUUAUUAUUAUUUUACUAUUCAUCAACAAAUAGUUAUAUCUAAUAAUUUUGUUUUGGCUAGAUAUACUUUUCCAUUUUCUCAAUUACUUCAAAUUAUACAAAAGGAUAAACAUAAAAAUAAAAUGAACAUGAACAUGGAAAAAAAUAUGAAAAACGAAUUUUAUAAUGAUAAACAUGAAUUUGAUCAUGAAGAAAAAUAUAAAAAUGAAAUACAACUUAAAAUAGUAAAUAAAAAAGAAAAUAAUCAUGUUAUUAAUCAUAUGAAUAGUCAUUUAAGUGAUCAUGUAAAUAAUAAUAUAAAAGAUAAUCUAAACCAUAAUAAGUGUGUUAAUACACAAAAUGAAUUACAUGACGAAUAUACAAAUAAAGUAAAUGAAUAUUACCAAAUUAAAAACUUUGAAGAUAAAAAUCAGAAGCAAAUAGGACAGCAAAUAUUUGAAGAACUAAGCAGUAUACAAAAUAAAGACGUACAAGAGGAAUAUAAUAUUAUCCAAGAAAUAAAAAAAGACAUUCUGAUAGGAGAAAGAAACAACAAAAAAGAAAAUUACAUAAUGAAAAAUGUAGAAACAAAUAAAGAAAAAGAACAAAUAAUAAAGGAGAAAGAAAUGAAGCACAUAGAAAAUGAUACAAUAAUUAAAGAUGACAAAGUUGUUGAAAAGGAGGUGGCUGAUAAAAUAAAUGUGGUUAAUGUUAAAGAUAUAGUGGACGAAAUAAAUGUAGUGAAGGUUAAAAAUAUAGUAGACAAAAUAAAUAAUUUGGAUGAUAAACAUAUAGGGAAUGAAAUAAAUAUAUUGAAUAAUCCAAAUAAAAAUGAUAAAGAAAACAAUAUAAAUUUAAAUACAGUACAUAUUAAUAAUAAAAAAAAAGAAGAUAAAAAAGAAGAUAAAAAAGAAGAGAUAUGCUCAGAAAAAAGAAACAAAUAUAUAUCAAUGGAAGAAAAAAGAAACAAAGAUAUAUCAAUGGAAGAAAAAAGAAACAAAGAUAUAUCAAUAGUAGAAAAAAGAAACAAAGAUAUAUCAAUAGUAGAAAAAAAAAAUAAAGAUAUUUUCAAUAAAAGAAAGUCUAUUAAUAUAAGAAAUGAAUUAUAUAAGAACAAAGACAAAGGUAAUUCCAAAGAUUCAGUCGAAAAUUUCUUUUAUACAUUUAGUAAAACAAUUAUAUCUCAUAUUGAGAAAUUGAAAAAUAAAAAAAUCAAAUUUUCUUUUAACGAAUUUAAAAAUACUCAUAUAAAAUUAAAUGAACUAAAUUUUAACAACACUAUUCGAAAGUAUUAUGCAAAUGGUGAUUUGAUUUUGUAUUAUAUAAAAUAUUUACAAAGGCAAGAAAAGGAAAUACACAAAUUGUAUGAAAAUUAUAAGAAAACGGAGAAUGAUGUUGAACACUUCAAGAGGAGAUUUAGAAUACACUAUGGAAAAGAAGCAAACGAAUAUGACUUAAACAAAAAUAUAUAUUUGAAAUUUAGAUUACUAAACAAAGUACAAUUAUUAUUAGAACAAAAAAUAAAAAAUUUUGACAACAUACCAAAAAAUAUGGAAGUAUAUAAAAUAAUUAAUGAAUUUGGUGAGUUGAUAGAAGAAGUAUCCUUACAAAAUAAUACAUAUGAAAAGAAUAAUAAUAUUCUUAUUAACUAUUAUUUAAAAAAUAAUAUAUUUGGAAAUGAUAAAUUUUUAUUAAGACAGAAAAAAAAAAGGAACAUUUCAAUAAACAAAUUAAAUGAGAAUUAUGAGUUAUUGAAAGAAAAUAUAAAUUCAGUUCUUAAUAUAUUAUUAUUUUUAUAUGAUACAUUUAAUAAAAAUAAAAAUUUAAAUCAACUUGAUUUAUUUCAUAUCUUAAAGAAAAUCAAAAUGUUUCUAUACGAUAAAGAAAUAAAAAGAUUAUAUAACCAUUUUAAUGAUGAUGAAUAUAAUCAUAAUAAAAAUAAUAAAACAACCAAAUCGAAUGAAAUUACAAAAUGGAAAGAAAAAAAUGUAGAGAUAUGUGAUAAUAUGUUAUCACGUAAUGAUAUAAGACCAGAAAUCAUAUGUAUAUUAAAUAUUAGAAAAAAGAAUAUGAAUAAUUUCCUAAUAAAUAAUAAUAAAGUUCAAAUAAUUAAUAAAAAUUGUUUACAACUUUUUAACGAACCAUAUAAUUUUGAUUUUAUCUAUAUAAAUAAUAUUUAUUUUAAACAUUUUAUUUCAAAUAAAAUUAUAAAUAAAUAUAUUCAUAAUUUUGUUAAUAAAAACAAUGUUGUCUUAUUCAACUUUUCUAUUAAUUAUUUAAAAAAUAAGAAAAAUAUAUCGUUUUUUAAUUCCUUUCAUGAUUAUUUUAUGAAUGUAGAUAAAACAAAAAUAAAUACAUUUAUCAAACAUCAAUUACAAAAAAAAAAUGGGGAAAAAAAAAAUUUUAUAAAGAAUAAUGAGGAAAAUCAUCAAUAUAUAAAUGAAUAUAAAAUUAAUAGUGUACAACAUAUUAAUAAAUGUUCACAAAAAUGUAUGAACAGAAAAAAAAAAAAAAAAAAAAAAUAUUCAGACAAAAAAGGAAAGAACAUUUUGUCAUCUAAAAAUAAAAAGAGUCAAGAAAAAAAUAUAAAAUAUAAAAAAAAAACUCUUUUCAAAAAAAUUAUUAAUGAAUUAAAUAAUAAAUUAAAUCAAAAAUAUUCUAAUGAAAAAUAUAAUUUAACAUUAAAUAUUUAUGCACAGAAAAAAAAAAAAAUUUACAACAUUAAUAAAUGUUUAUUCAGAAAUGAAACGAAUUUAUAUUAUCAAAAGAAUGACAUACAUAAAAAAGAACAUAAAGUAGAAAUUAUGUUAAUUAAUAAUUAUGAUAAUAAUACAAAUCAUAAAAUAAACGAAAAAAAAAUAAUACAAAAAGAAGAUAUGAACAAAUGUAAAGAGAAUGAGGACUCUUUCCAAGACAGAAAAAAUAAUGUAUAUAAUAAAAAUAAUAUAGACCAUACAUAUUAUGAUGAAGAUAAAACGAACCCUUUUCUUCCCUCAUAUGGUAUGGAUAUAAAAAAUAUAAAGAAUAUAAAUAAAUACAUAAACUUUAAUAAUAUGAAUAAAUUUAAAAAGUCAUCCAUCAUAUUUCUCAUACAACUUGAACUAUUCUUAACAUCUGAUGAAAAUAUAAACAUUCCAAAAAAAAAAAUUUUACAUUUUACCUUAGUUGAUAUAAACAUUCCAAUAUUGUAUAUUUUGAAAAAGAAAAAUCAUGUUAAUUAUUUAAACGAAUUUAAAAAGAAGCAAAAUUUUGAUAAUAUUUUUAUAAACUAUAUUCAAUCCUACUUUUUUAAUACAAACGUAAACCAUUAUUCACAUAAUAUAAUUACACACUUGUUUCAAAAAAAUCCUUACAUAUGUUUCCUUCUAUAUAUCCAUGAUGAUUUUAUCUUCACUAAUAAUUCUGAAUAUAACAAACUUCAUCAAAUUCAUAAUGUGAAAAAGGAAAACUAUUCUCGUAAUAUGAUUUUACAGUUGUUAUAUAUCUAUUACAUGUGUAAUAUUUGUGAAUGCUUCAAUUUUAUAAAACAACAUUGUUAA